GUGCUACACCUGCUGCCACUACGCAGCGCCGGUAUUAGUGCACGACCAUAUCCUCGGAACGAGACAUUUUUUAUGCAGCUAACCAAAAAGUUGUCUGGUCCGGAGUCGUUAGACAGACUCUCACCUUCUGCGUUUCUGGCAUCGUCGUUUGCCGACGGGUUCUCAGCAGGUUGCAUAGAGACUCCACAACCACGUACCGGAGCACAUGUGACCCCGAAAGACCCCCCGCUACCCACAAUGCAAAGACACUGAGUGCGGCACUGCUUGCUUCCCCUCAGACACCACAGGCUGCAGCCGGCAACCUACUCAUCAAAUGCGAGUUUUCAGGAGUGCUACUUCCGCACCGGGACGCCAGGUCGCAUCGGACACACGCCGUGCGGCACCACACGUCGUCUCCGGAAGAGGAUCAAGAGGAAGUUCAGUUCAUGUGGACGGACGCAGAGGAGAAAUACGAUCUCUAAGGCUUUCUAGGGGUUGUGUCGGCCGCGUUCGACCUGGUGCGGUGGAUGAGGCACAUCUUAUUCUAAGUGAGACUAGCGCUGAUAUCACCGUAUCUUUCAGGGCUUGAGGACGGUUCUCUCGCGAGCGGCGAAACCUCAGAAGUGACAGUCCCUGCAUGAAGUCGAAGAUAUAAUCUCCAAGGCUUCCCGCUUCUCUUGGGAUGUGCGGCACAGCGACGGAGAGCAGCGUCAGCCCGCGACGCCUUUUCUCCGGUGUACAUCCACCUUGCCAGUGCCACACGACGAGGAAGCCGAUCUUCCGUGCCGGUGCGUUUCUUGCACUUGUCAUUGGCGUUUCUAUGUGGCUUAGGUCCGUUCCGGCGGAAAGAAGAUGUCGAGGCCAAUGAUGAGGAUAGUCUCGAGUCUUUCAAGCAUGUUUCACCAGGAAAACGGACAGUUUCCCCCGCUUACCCGCUGCCAGCUUUUUCGUUGGCCUGGCGGCGCGUUGGCUCUAGCCGUCGUUCACGGUGGAAACUGCGCAUGCAGCCGGUCCCUUGCAACUCUUUCCGCCCUCGACUUUGGCUCGAGGAGGCACGCUGUGCCACACAAGAAAACUGCAGCAUGCGAGCGCGGAGGUGCCCCACUGAAGACACAGGACUCGGCGAAACGGUUACGCGUGCAAUAUAGUUAUCGACUUCUUGCCUUGAUAGUUCCGUUUCUGUCAGUCGCCGCCCUUCCCUGACAUAGUAGGAUUUCCUUCCUCGCCUCCACAGCCUCAAAGCCCUACCUAACUUUCAGGCUGUUAGGUCGCAUCACACGUGCGCUUGUCUCCGGUUUUCUUCCGCCCACGGUCCCUGUUCAUGGAUGCCAAAGUGUUCGAGCUACCGACUUGAGCUUUUCCGGGAAUUAAGGAUCGGCAGACACCCGUACGCCGCGCCCUGCUUUUUUCGGCGUCGGCAGGGGUGCUUGUGCACAUUUCGUUUCACAAGCACUUGCCUGGAGACUCCCGGAAUCGGCACGCAACUAUGCACGAACCCCCAUCAAAAGAGAGACACUUGGAUGACGUUUUUCUCUUUUUGACCUCCAGCGCCUCCCGCUUGGCUAUGCGCGGUCCGUCGCAAUGUCUGUGUCUGGCCCUCUUCGGGAGUUCCUUUCCGAAGAACGCUGAAUCAUCUUUUAGACACGUUCGUCUCAGUCUUCCCUGCGUCGUUGGAGACGCUUUCGACGCAUUUCUUCACUAGCUGCGACUUCUGCAUCUUCUCACGGACGCCUCUCUUUUCUCGAGCUGUCCGCGCUGCAAGUCUUCUACUCGCUGCAUCUCCGCCG